AUGAAAAUGUCAACACAAUAUUCGAAGGCAUUUAUUUUUCUAAUUCUUUUGAGAGUAUUUGCACGUGACACGUCAGCUAGAAAACUCCAGGGAGAUGCAGUAGCUACAGUCUUUGAGAUCCCUGUUGAAAAUGGCGUAGGAUUUGGUCAAAUUAUUGGAGGAGCUGGUGGUAGUAGUGGCGGCGGCGGCGGUGGUGGAGGUGGUGGUUUUAGUGGUGUAGGUGCAGGGUUUGGAUUUGGCUACGGUGGUGGCCAGGGAUCGGGUUUAGGUGGUAACGGCGGUGGUUCCGACGGCUGGAACGGUGGUGGCGAUGGCGGAGGCGGGGAGAAUGGUGGUGAUGGAGGACAUGGUGCAGGAUUUGGCUACGGUUGUGGCCAGGGAUGGGGUUUAGGCGGUAACGGAGGCAAUGGAGGUGGUGGCGGAGAGAAUGGUGGCAGUGGAAUCUGAUUGGAGGAGUUGAAAACUUGAAAUAGCAUG